AUGGCUACCAAAUCACUGCCAGCCCGUGGAGGCACUGACAGCAAGGCCAUUUCUACUGGUGCUCCUAACCAGACGCUUUACUGCACGAAUCUGCCCGACAAGAAGAUUACGAAACAUGAUUUGCGGACCUCACUUUACGCCCUGUUCUCCACAUACGGAACCGUUCUCGACGUCGUAGCCAUGAAAACCGAAAAGAUGCGAGGCCAGGCUCAUAUCGUGUUCAAGGAUGUCCAAGCCAGUACGCAGGCGAUGCGGGCUUUACAAGGAUUUGAGUUCUUUGGGAAACAAAUGAAAAUCGUCUAUGCAAAAGGGUCGUCACACGUCAUUGCUAAGCUACGCGGGACAUACGUUGCGCCAGUUGAUGCUGGCCCAGCUCCAGUGUCGACAGAUCUCCAAAAGUCUAUCUUCAGUGGCCCUCCGGGUGCACUCCCCGCACGACCCGCAGCCGAUACCGGUGCGGAGGGCCACGGUGUGAAGCGAACCCGUGAAGAAAGUGACGAGGAAGCGCCCAUGGACGAGGAUAGCGACGUACCUAUGGAGGCUUCCUCCGACGAGGAGUAG